GUGAGCUCGACGAGAAUGCGAAGUACAAGGACGGAGUCACGUGGGAGAACUGGAGUUUCGUUCUGGCGGCCUACUGCAUGGCGGUGGACCCUCACAUGGCGGAGUUGAUGAGGGACGCUGCGAAGGUCGACGCGGAGGCUUUCGCACACGAAGAUUUAGACGAAGAGGCCCAGCGAGUCAACACCAACAUGUACUACAUCCUUGCACUGACGUGUAAGGACAAGGCUCAGGGCAUCGUGAAGAACGUUCCCUCAGGAGAAGGCCUAGAGGCCUGGCGACUGCUGUGUUUGGAGUUCGAGCCGAAGGUGCCGUCGAGGUUCUCAGGUAUGUUAGACUCGAUACUGUAUCCGAAUGUGCAGGAGAACGAUCCGAUCAAGGGCAUCGUGUCGUGGGAGACGUUGCUUCGAGAACAUCUCAUGCUGAAUGCGACGAGGUUCACGACAUACGCGUUGGUACGAGCGGAGGUGUUGAACUACUUGAGGUCGAAGCAGGCGGCGAUGGCACUAAGCGGACCUGCGCCUAUGGAUCUGGAUGCGCUCACGUUCGGCAAGUUCGGCAAGGACUCGAAAGGCAGACACGGCAAAGACAAGAACAAGGGCAAGGGCUACGACCAGAGCGCGAUGCAGCCUUGCAAGUAUUGCGGCAAGAAAGGUCACAAGCUCAUGGAGUGCAGGAAGGCCACACAGGACAUGAAGGAAGGAAAGAUUACGAAGGAGGACUUGCGAAAGAUCAGCAAGGGCAAGGGCAAGGGUAAGGACAAGAGCGACAAGGCGAAGAACACACCUGUGCCCGACAAGCCCAAGGACCAAGACAUGAAGUACUUAGGUUACGAUUACGACGCCGAGGAGGGCUACAUCUUCAUGCUGAACGAGAACGAGACUGAGGAGCUAGAUCACAUUUCGAGUUUAGAUCACACGGAGGUAGACGGAUACACUGUGAAUCUAGAUAGCAGGAAGGAGCCCAAUCACAAUUUCAACGAGAAUGACGAGAGCUACCUGAUUCCGAUAGAGUUCGAGAAUGACAACGACGGUAAGAUCGAGGUGAUGGUCGAUUCAUGUGCGGCACGGAGUGUUUGCCCACCUGGUUUCGCACCAAGAAUACCACGAGAAGAAGCGGACGCACCACCACUACGACAGGCAGAUGGUACUAAGAUCUACGCGAACGGCUGCAAGACGGUACAAAUGCAGGUGGCUGGGACUCGACAACCAAUUCGAGGACAGUUCGAUGUACAAGACGUUCACAAGACGAUCAUUGCGGUUAGCGACCUGACGAAGGGAGCUCAAGGUGUAUGGUUCGACAAAGGUGGUGGAGCAGUGGUCAAUCCGAAGGUCAGCCAACGGAUCAAGGAGAUGAUCGAGUACGAGAACGCGAACAACCAGAUGAACAGACCACUGAGGAUCUCGAAGAGGCGUGGGAUCUACAGCUUCGACGUGGACGCGAGCACGCUCUGCCCUCUAGAAGGUGAUGAACCUGAACAAGCUCAGCAGCCGGCGGAACAGGAGGAGGAGAUCGAGACAGAUGAGGCGCGACCGCCGAAGGUCAAGAAGGAGAGGUACAAGCCCACAGCGGAGGAGAUAGCCAUCCACGAGAAGACGCACAUGCCGUAUCGGGACUGGUGCAAGUGGUGUCUUUGGGGCCGAGGCAAGGAAGAUGGUCACAAGAAGGCUAACCCAGAGGAGGCGCCGACGAUUCCAGUCAUUAGCAUGGACUACUGUUUCGUGAACACCGAGCUGGAGACGGAGAUGGUCAACAUCCUGGUGAUGGUACAGAAGCCUGAAGAUGCAGUUGCUUCCAUCAUGGUGAUCCACAAGGGGCCCAGUGAGUACGUCAACUCAGCGGUGGAGUUCUACUUGGACGUUUGGGGAGCAGCGAAUAUCAUCCUGAAGGGCGACCAGGAGCCAUCACUACAAGCGGUGAUCACGGCGGUGAAGAACAGGAGGAAGCACAGCACGCAGGUGGAGAAGGCUCCUAAAGGUUCUCAUCAGAGCAACGGUGCGAUUGAGAAUGCGGUGGAGAGGGUGGAGUCGUUACUACGUACACUACACAGCGAGCUGGAGGUGAAGUUGGAGGUGAAGAUCGGACCCAAGAGUUUGAUCAUGCCGUGGUUGGUUAGGCACGUGGGGUACUUGCUCACCAGGUUCGCUAUCAAGACGGAUGGCAGGACAGCUUGGGAACGACUGGGACGUGCAAAGUUCAAGUCAGAGCUCGGAAAGAUCGGAGAGACGAUCGACUACAAGAUACAGGCUAAGGACUACUCCAAGCUGGAACCGAGGUGGGGCGAAGGUAUCUUCUUGGGCAGGCGCGACGAGAGCGACGAAAUCAUCGUAGGUACGUCGAGAGGGAGCGAGCACGCCAGGACGAUGAAGCUCAGGGCCACGGAGGACAAGUACAACAAGGAGGUCUACAACACGUUCAUAGGAGUGCCGUGGAAUCCCAGGGGCUUGGAGGUGAAGGAUCAGAAUGAGGUGGUCAGGAGACGGAAGUACAUCACGAAGGCGCUGAUCGAGGAGUAUGGACCUACAGAUGGGUGUGCAGCAUGUGAAGGGUACUCAUCAAUACACAACGCGAGGUGCAGGACGAGGUUCGCCAAGAUCUUCGAUGAGGCCGAGACGAGGAUCGAGAUGGCAUCAGGAGAUCAACCAGGACGGGAAGAGGCGAUGGAGAUAGGCAUCAUCAUGUCGAUCACGAAGGAGGAGGACCGCCACGUCUGCGAGGAGUUGGAGCCGAGGGUGAACUACGACAAGCUGGUGGGUGACGGAGUCUACAGAGACGCGUACACAGGCGAGGAGUUGUUGAAGGAGCUGGUCAUCAACGGCAGGACGAAGGAGAUGAAGAGCAUGGAGGAGUUUGAGGUCUUUGAGUGGGUACCGCUUGAGGACUGGAUGAAGCCGUUCGACACCAAGUGGAUCGACAGCACGAAGUACGACUUACAGAACAACGAGUGGAUCGUGAGGAGCCGAUGUGUUCACAGAAGGUAUAGCGACGGAACCGACCCCUCGAAUUUCGCAGGGACACCCGCACUAUGGGCAGUUAAGCUGGUGAUUUCGAGAGCAGCUUCAACGAGGACGACCGAGUCGAGGAGGAAGAAGCUUGGUCUAUACGACAUCUCAGUGGCGUUCUUUCACGCGUCGCUGAAGGAGCCCCAGUACUGCUGGCCACCACCUGAACAGCGACGACCAGGGAUGCUUUGGAAGUUGCAGAAGGCGAUGUAUGGGACGCCAGAGGCGUCAAUGUUAUCUCAAGGAGAAGUUCGAGAUAACUUCAGCCAGAACGGGUACGAGGAGUUGAAGACGGUGUGCUGCCUGUACUACCAUCCUGGCAAGGACUCGCUCUGUGCUGGACAUGGAGAUGACUUUGUGGUGGAGGCGUACGACGAGGAGCUGGAUGAGUUCGACAAGCUCAUGGCCAACAGGUUCAAGGUCAAGCCUCAACCGAGAGUGGGACCAGGAGGAGCAGCUGAAAGUACUUUUCUCAACAGGACGGUGCUCUGGGGCGAGGAGGGCUUCGGCAUUCUACCAGACCCGAAGCUGAUCUUGAAGAUGGUGGAGUUGUACGAGCUGAAGCAGGCCAAGCCGGCAGAGACACCGAGUUCGAAGCACACUGCCAAGGGAGUUCGAGAGGCGGAAGACCCAGUCGGACGACAGAGCUCUAUGUUGUACAGGAGUUGCGGUGGCAUCGCACAGUAUAUGGCUGGGGAUCGUUGGGAUAUUCAGGAAGCAGUUCGAGAUCAGAGUUGUUCGUACAACGACCCGCGGGUGAGGCACAUACUCAAGCAGAAGCGUCUGGUCAGGUAUCUGAAGGGCACGGCCGACAUCGUGAUAUUCUACCCGUAUCAGCAGGAGACGUUCAAAGUGACGGUGUCGGUGGAUGCGGACUGGGCUG